AUGGUAAACGUUCCAAGCAUUCAGGUACCACCUGAGACACCACGUGCUAAAACUAAAGACAUUUCAAGUUCAAACCAAGGGAGUAUAAACCGAAACCUAAUCACACCAUCAUUUUCAUUUGGAUUGAGUUUUCUGCCUUCUUUCAAUUUCAAUUCUCCGAACAUUCAAGGUGUAUCUCCAGGGAACUUUUUAAAUUUUACAAGAGCAUUAAAUAAGACUCCAUCUGCAUUAAUUACAACUCCUACUGUAUCCACAAAACACAAUAAAUUCCUUGAAGCAUUAACAAAGUCAUCCAUGGAGAAAUCCAACAUUCGUAAUACCGACAAGGACGACGAUGAUGAUGAAGAUGGAAAUUCGUCAUCUAAAAACAACAGCCAUGGUCAGGAAGACGAUGAUGAAGAUGUUUGGUCUAAUAUAAAUACUUCUCAGGCUCAUCAUAAUUCUACAAAUCAAACAUCUAUUUAUGAUGACGAGUCUGGAGACUCGAAACCAGGAAACGCAUUCUUAACUCCAAACAAAUUGGUACUUGGGAAAAUUACUGAAGAAGCCAAAGUAUCGCCUGUCUUGGAAAAAGCUGCCGAAAUUUCUCCUAGGACAAAUGAUGAUUUGCAUGUGGUUAAAAAGAGAAAGUUGUCAGUUGGUGUAACUGAUUCCCCAAACAAUUCUAUUGCAUCACGAAUAGACUCAACUAUGCAAACUCCAGUCAAUCGUCGAAGAUCUAGUACUGCACAUUCUUUACAGGUUUCUACAGGAAACUCAACCUCAAAUUCUCAAUCGGGAACAACCGCCAAUGGAAUGGAUGAAAAAGUUUGGUGGCCUGAAUUAGAUGAUGUGUUAAUAAAUUCAUUAUACAAGUACCGAAAAUUUAGAGACGAUCCAGAAUCAUUUAAUGCAACUUCUAUUUUGAAGAAAACGUCUCAAAAUAAAGUUAUUUCAAGAAUGAUAUUCAACAAGACUGGUGUCUUGAGAACCACAAAACAAAUAUCUUCACGUAUAUUCCGCUUGUCCAAAGCUGGUAAAUUACUCAAAGAUUCAAACAAUAAAACUCCUCAAACUGUUGGUUCAAGUAAUGAAGAAGUGGAUGAUCUAAUGCUUACUCCAUUAGAGGAUUUGAUUAAUGUACAAGGAUCGAUGGAUUCUUCAAAACAUAAUGCAGUGAUCGACAAUGAAUUGGAUGUUUUACUUGCAUCUUCACCAUUGGAAGAAGUGUUUGAAAAUAUGUCCUACAGAUUGAGUGUUCGAAAUUUUAAAAUGUCUUUCAAGAAUGCACAGGAGAAUCAUACUUUUACAAACUUGGUAUCAAUAAAUGUUACAAAAUCAAUCACAAUUCCUAUUGAGGCUAAAGUUAGAGAAAAACUCAGAAGAAUGAAUGUUCCAACUUGGCUUAUAACACAUGAUAUGAAUAUAAAUUGCAAUCACGUCGCCACUUCAACACCCCGAUCUGCAAUUUCUCCAACAGCAUCCCAAAUUCAUAUUCAUCAACCACCACAUCAAAUGCAAUUGCAACAUAUGAAUUUAACUAAAGGCAUUUUCCAAUCAUAUAUGAUUGUUGAUGUGUCCUGUGAAGAGAGAUCCCAGUCCAUGCUCAAUUGGAGAAACUCGUUGACUGUCUACAAAAAGGGUGAAAAAUUACUUGAUGUCGUAGAUGUGGUUAAUGGGUAUUUUAGUGAAUCUUCCAAAAGUUAUACAUUGCAAAUUCCAUUUUUGAAAAACUUCUUUAUUGGAUAUAUUGGAUUCCUUAUCAAUGGUGGAGCAAUAACUCCAGAAGAAGAUUUAAAAAUUGUGCAAAUUAUCUACAGUAAUAUCAAGAAUGAAGAUAUGAACUUUAAUUUGGAACGUUCUCAAAUUCGUGCGUACAUAGUACAUGAAUUAAACAUGGCAGGAACAUCUGGAAACUCAAAGAUUGAUAUUGUUAACGUUCAUGAGGUAUAUAAAUCACCAGCACCUCAGCCAGAAGUUCCAGUAGAGAUUGACGAUAAUGAAACUGUGCUUGCUGAUUCUUCACCAUAUAAGAUGUCUCCAAACUCUUCAAGAAGCUGGGAUACUCCAAGUAAAUCACGGUUGAAGAUUGAUGCCAGCCGUGCCAAUAUAAAUAUGGGUGUCAAUGCUGGUCCAAUGACAGCCCCAAUUUAUAAUGCUGAAAUCCUCAAUAGAAAAAUGCUUGACGAUCAAGAAAGGUUGAAACUUCAAAUCCAAGCUUCCCGUCCACCACUAAUGCAUUCUCAAUCGGUAUCCAAUUUAAAUUUGUCCUCGUACAAUCAAAAUGGAUCUCCGAUUCCAAACCCAAUUCCAUCAAAUCAUUCUGUUCCUUCUUGUUCACCUCAACUUCAAAAUGGACAGAUUCCAUUGGGAAACAAUAUUGUAUCAUCCAACCCAAUUCCACAAACCGAUAAUAUUACACCAUACCAAAUUGCACAACAGCUGUUCAUGGCAAGGGCACAACAAUUACAAGUUCAACAACAACAGCAGCAGCAACAACAACAGCAGCAGCAACAACAACAACAACAACAACAACAACAACAACAACAACAACAACAACAACAACAACAACAGAUGCAAAUUCAAAUGCAGACUUUUUCCUCACCUCAAAUGCAACCACAAGUGCAACAACAAAUGCCACGCCAAAUGCAAUUUCCACCUCAGGGAAUGCAUCAACAGAGAGUUUCUCCUAGUCUUCAAAAUCAAUUGCCUCCACAAAUUGUUCCCGCAUCCAUGCAACCACCACCAUCACAACAAGUUCCUAUGCAAAUGGCUGCACAAAUGCAAUUUCAACAAGUUAGAAAUCCAAAUAUGAUGGUUCCUGGAAAUAACGACAUGGUGAAACAACAACAAUUGAUACAACAGAUGAUACAGCAGCAGCAACAACAACAACAACAACAACAACAACAACAACAGCAGCAGCAGCAGCAGCAGCAGCAGUGUUCAAAUAUGCAAUUUCAGCAGGUUGUGUCAGAUAUGAGUGUGAUUCCACCAAAUCCAAUGAUGUCUGUUUCGAAAAACGUGAACCUAGGAGAAAAUGUCACAAAACAAUCAAAUACCAACCUGAAAGAACCCUCAAAACCACCAAUGCAAAUAACUUUUGCCCCAAUAAUAGGUCAUGACCCAUCACAUGACAUGAAAAAGGUGCAAAAGGCUAACAAAUCAGGAGUUAUUCAUCGUUUCCCUACAAACGUACAAGUGAUGUAUAAACCAAAGAAGUUGAGCUCAUGA